AUGAUUGAUGGAACCGAACAUUUCCUCCCUUACCAUGAACCAAGCCUUAGGACAAUUCUCAUCCAAUCUUCAUUCAUUCUCUGUCUCAACUUCAUUAGUACUGUCCUAGAUAAUGUGAUAUUCUGCGGCUUACUUGGGCAAGUGUUUAUUGGUAUUGCCUGGGGUACCCCGGGAGCCAAUUGGCUGGACACAAGCUCGCAAAAGGUUAUGGUUCAACUCGGAUACUUAGGCCUCCUCCUGCUUGUCUUUGAAGGAGGAUUGGGUACAAAAUUUCAGUCUUUAAAAGCUAAUAUCUCUUUAUCUAUGACCGUGGCGGUAACGGGAAUAUGCUGCCCUAUGGGCCUUGCGUUUGUCCUCCAGCCUCUAGCAGAAGCGGUUCCUCUACAAUCAUUUGCCGCGGGUGCAGCACUCUGUUCCACCAGUUUAGGGACCACAUUUACCGUUCUAAAUUCCAGCGGGCUAUUGUCUACUCGUCUUGGAACUGUCUUGAGUAGUGCUGCCAUGAUAGAUGACGUUAUUGGGCUUGUUAUGAUACAGGUUGUGUCUAACCUUGGACAGGAAAAGACAUCACUAAAUCCUGUUACUGUUAUCCGGCCGCUUGCUGUGUCAUUUGGUCUAGCCAUCACAGUUCCAGUAGUGUGCCGGCUUAUUGUGAAGCCGAUCACCCUACAACUUAACCAAACAAGACACAAAGCUCCAUCCGGCUACACGAACAAAUUUUGUACUAUGGCUCACACUGCACCCAUCAUACACACGCUUAUACUUUUUGGGCUCGUUACCGGGGCUACCUUUGCUGGCACAUCUAACCUCUUUGCAGCGUACUUGGCCGGAGCUGCAAUAAGUUGGUGGGAUAGUGAACUUCCUCAUCCGGAGAUCACAUCUACUCCAACAGCAUCCCAAGCAUCUAGUAUGAUAAGCAGCCCCCAUGUGCCUUUGGACAACCGUGGCUUGGAUACAUAUCAUCAAUACUAUGCUCCGGUUACAGCCUACAUCCUGAAACCAUUCUUUUUCGCGUCGAUUGGCUUUGCAAUUCCAAUUGCUGACAUGUUCCAUGGUGAGGUUUUGUGGAAAGGUGUUGUCUUCUCGGUUUUAAUGUUCUUUGCUAAGUUGAUCACUGGUGUAUGGCUUAUACGGUGUAAUAUCUGGCCCGGGUUUCGGAUGCCAAAGGGCGUACGCUCGAUAAUCAUGACUUCGGCAUCUUGCUUCAGGCGGGCUUCGAGAGGACAUAGCCAUAAAAAACAGGCUGCCGUGGGCAACUGCAAAAGAACCACGCAACUGCGCAGCGGUGCAGCAGAUGAUAUAGCAGUGCAGGAUCGCCGCUCCGUACACCAAGUCCCUAACCAGAAUUCCCGUUCAUCUCCAUCCUCGCAAAUAAGCAACCCAUUAUCUCUCUACCCAGCUGCCAUGCUGGGCACCGCCAUGGUUUCUCGUGGUGAGAUAGGGUUUUUGAUAGCUUCUCUAGCCGAAACAAGUGGUCUUCUCCGAUCCCAAGGCGAAGAACAUGCUGGGAGUUCGAAGCUAUACCUAAUUGUUACUUGGGCCAACGUGUUAUGUACCAUCAUUGGGCCAUUGAGUGUGGGGAUGUUGACGAGAAGAGUUAGGAAGUUGCAGGGCAGAAGAGAGGGAAAUCCGGGAGGAAUAGACCCUUUAGGACAUUGGGGUAUCUAA